UUAUUUAUUAUACAAUGUAAGAUUAACUUAUUCAAUAUGAACCUGUAUAUCUAAAUUAUGCCUUCUCUACUCGCUGGUUUGUGCCCGGCAUUAACCCAGGAUGUUAUCGUUAAACUGGAAAGCAAAGGAAUAAAAGAAGUUCUUGAUUUUGUGGCAAUUGAUCCUGAAAGAAUAACUGCGAUGUGUGGAAUCCCAUAUAAGAAAGUUAUGUCAAUCCGUCGCGUUCUCCUCGCUCAAUAUUCCUCCUUCCCUGUCAACGGACUCGACCUCUUCCACGAGACGAUGGGCACGCUCGCUGUCCUCCCAACUGGAUGCGAGAGUCUCGAUGAUCUUCUGGAUGCGGGGAUCUACACGGGGGAAGUAACAGAGAUCGUUGGGCCGUCUUCAUCUGGAAAGACACAGCUGUGUGAAACAUUUGCGGUCAACGUGGCGGCUUCAUUCGAUCAGAACGUGAUUUACAUCGAUACGGCUGGUGGUUUCUCUGCUGUAAGGGUGGGAGAAAUAUUUAAGAAAAGAUUUUCUUCCCACAAUACAUCAGCAACAUUAUCUCGAAUCCGAGUCUCGCGAUGUUUUGAAGUUUCAGAACUUCGUGAAACACUUGAUCUUGUACGGCGUAAAAUGUCGGCACAAGACGAAACUUUUUUCUCAUCCCUAAAAGUUGUGAUCAUUGAUUCAGUGACUUCAUUACUUUCAACUGUCCUUUAUAACGGGACCUUCGUGGAAGGCAUGGCAUCUCUACAAAGCAUUGGUCGACAACUGAAUGCUCUUGCUAAAGACUUUGCUCUAGCUGUUGUCAUCACAAAUGACAUGGUAACUGGGCCUCAGGAUAAAACAGGUCAGUUCAGUCGCAAACCAGCACUUGGUAGGGUCUGGACGUUUGUUCCAAGUGUUCGAGUACAACUACAACCACAUAUUGCUCCUUGUCUCCACCAUGUGGGUGUGAAUAAAAUACUUGCUAGACUUACAAAGUCCACACGAUGUGGCUAUAGAGCUACAUCAUGUGUUAUUACAUCAUCUGGUAUUGAGUCAGAAAAGCCAAGUUGAAAAUAAACAUUUUUCUGUAUUAUCAUUACCUUUAUAAACUAAUAUAUUGUUCACAUUAUGUUCUUGCUUUAGUUGACGAGCAACAAGUCUUGUCUUUACAUUAAACUGUUAUUUAUCUCAUAUAUGACAUGAUAUACAAAUAAAGAAUG